AUGGCAAUAUUAUUACAAUGCAGUCAAUCAGGUACCGAUCUCUUCUUCUCAUCUUCUGCUAACUUUGCAUCUAGGCUUCGUCGUCACGAGAAAUCAGCAGAAGCAUCUGAAAGAUUGAAGAGAAAGAUGCAUCUUCUUCCAGUCUUGAUUCUCUUAUUAGCAGUUACAAUUGAGGCGAAAUCCAGAUAUCCGGAUCCACCGGUUUUUGCUUCUCCUCUUACUUAUCCAAGUAUCUGUUAUCUGCCACCUGACUCAGCUCUUUGUGAUACUUCUGCCAACUCUUCUGAAAUGGAUCUCUUAACUCGCUACUACUUUGAUGUAGCCACUCAGGAAUGCUAUCCAUUCGGAGUGCAGAAAUGUGGAGGUAACCAGAAUCAGUUCAACAACCGUCUGGAAUGUCAACAAUUCUGUAAAACAACGGAAUCUUCAUAG